AUGGAGGCUGAGCCAGAGAACAACGAGUUGAAGAGGGAAGAAAACAGCAAUGACAACAACAACAACAAUGAAAGUAACAGCAAAUUUGGAAAUUCGAGUGAGGGUCAGAGCAAGCCCAAGCGCCAGAUGAAGACGCCGUUUCAGCUUGAGACGCUCGAGAAAGCUUAUGCUGUGGAGAAUUACCCGUCCGAGAUGAUGAGGGCGGAGUUGUCGGAGAAGUUGGGGCUGUCGGAUCGGCAGUUGCAGAUGUGGUUCUGUCACCGGCGGUUGAAGGACAAGAAGGACUUGCCGUCAAAGAAGCCACGUAAGUCGGCGGCGUUGCCUGAUUCUCCGGUCGACGAGCCCAAACUGGCUUCUGAAGUGGGUGCUGAAUAUGGAUCCGGGUCGGGUUCAGGAUCCAGCCCGUUUAGCCGUUCGGAGUUGAGGAAUGUGGUGCCGCGGGGUUACUAUGAGUCGCCACAGACUAUAAUGGAGCUUAGAGCAAUUGCUUGUGUGGAGGCUCAGUUGGGGGAGCCUUUAAGGGAAGACGGGCCUAUUCUUGGAGUGGAGUUUGAUCCGUUGCCACCGGAUGCAUUUGGGGCACCCUUAGCUGUUACAGAUCCUCAGAAGCGGCCUAGUCUUGCCUAUGACAGUAAAAUAUAUGAAAGACAUGAUGUUAGGACAAAUAAGGCAAUAACAAGGACAUUCCAUGAGUAUCCCUUCCUUCCAAACCAGUCUGGCAUUAGAUCUGAUGUUUUUGGACAACUAAACCUACCUCAUUUACAUGAACCAAUGGAGGGUCCUGCAAGAACUCCUUUUCCCCUUGGAAAUGAACAGCAACCUAGAAUUCAUACUCCCCAAAGUCAUUCUUCUCGUGUCCGUCUUUUGUCUCAACCACAGGACAAACAAGUGAUUCCCUAUCCAUCUCCCCCUCGAGAAAAUGAUGUUGUACCCAAAAGGGAACCUAACACAAACAUUACCAAUGCUGUAAUGAACUCCCACUAUACUGAUCACCCAAUUGUUGGGCAAGAAAUUCCAUAUGCUUUACCUAGUGGGCAAGUAUCCCAUAACGAUGCAGUGUUGAGGAUGGAGAGGAAACGAAAGAGUGAUGAAGCCAGAGUUGCAAAGGAAGUUGAAGCCUAUGAAAUGAGGAUGCGGAAAGAGCUUGAGAAACAAGAUAACCUCAGACGAAAGAGUGAAGAGAGGAUGAAGAAAGAAAUGGAAAGGCUAGAUCGUGAAAGAAGGAAGGAAGAAGAGAGGUUGAUGCGUGAAAAACAACGAGAAGAGGAAAGAUCAAAACGUGAACAAAGGCGGGAAAUGGAGCGAAGGGAAAAAUUUUUGUUGAAAGAACAUUUGAGAGCUGAGAAAAGGAGGCAAAAAGAAGAGAUUCGCAAAGAGAAGGAGGAAGAGAGGAGGAAAGCUGCACUUGAGAAGGCAAAUGCUCGGAGAAUAGCUAAAGAAUCCAUGGAGCUCAUCGAGGAUGAACAACUGGAAUUGAUGGAGUUGGCUGCUGCAAGCAAGGGUCUUUCCUCUAUUAUUCAUAUUGAUCUUGAUACUUUGCAAAACCUUGAAUCAUUUAGGGCUUCAUUGUGUGUAUUUCCACCCAAGAGUGUAAAACUGAGAAAACCAUUUGCUAUCCAACCCUGGAGCAACUCAGAACAGAAUGUUGGCAACCUUCUCAUGGUUUGGAGAUUCUUGAUUACUUUUGCUGAUGUUCUUGAUUUAUGGCCUUUUACUCUUGAUGAGUUUGUACAGGCAUUUCAUGACUAUGAUUCUAGAUUGUUGGGUGAGAUACAUGUUGCCCUUCUCAAGGUGAUAAUAAAGGACAUUGAAGAUGUUGCUAGGACGCCUUCUACAGGAUUAGGGAUCAAUCAGAACGGAGCUGCUAAUCCUGGAGGUGGCCAUCCUGAGAUUGUGGAAGGAGCAUAUGCAUGGGGCUUUGACAUACGAAAUUGGCAGAGGAACUUAAAUCAAUUGACAUGGCCAGAGAUUUUCCGACAGUUAGCAUUGUCUGCAGGAUUAGGGCCGCAGCUGAAGAAAAGAAGUAUUACGUGGUCAUAUGCAAUUGAUAAAGACGAGGGGAAAAGUUGCGUAGAUAUCAUUUCUACACUACGUAAUGGUUCAGCAGCUGAAAGCGCUGUGGCCAAAAUGCAAGAGAGAGGUCUGUUAGCUCCUCGAAGAUCAAGGCACCGGCUAACUCCUGGAACAGUUAAGUUUGCAGCAUUUCAUGUUCUCUCGCUGGAGGGGAGUAAGGGUUUGACAGUACUAGAACUUGCAGAAAAAAUUCAGAAAUCUGGUCUCCGGGACCUGACAACCAGCAAGACACCUGAAGCAUCAAUUUCUGUUGCUUUGACAAGAGACACUAAAUUGUUUGAAAGAAUAGCUCCAUCAACAUAUUGUGUACGAGAUGCAUUCAGAAAGGAUCCUGCUGAUGCUGAUUCUAUUCUUUCAGAAGCAAGAAAGAAAAUUCAGAUAUUUGAAAAUGGGUUUUUAGCUGGUGAAGAUGGUGAUGAUGUUGAAAGAGAAGAGGAGUCAGAAAGUGAUGAAGUUGAUGAGGACCCUGAAGAUGAUGAUUUAGUAAAUCCUUCAAGUGCAAACCAAAUGUCUGAACAGUAUGAUGACAAAAACAUUUGCUCAUCAAAUGGAAAAGAAAAUUUGGGACACAACAUUGAUAUUAUACAAAAUGAUUUUGAUACAGACCUACCCUGUUUUCCUAAGAAUGGUUCCACGGAUGCUGAUUGUCCCAGUUCUGUAAACAGACCUGCUACUUGUCAAGAUGUAAAUGCUGGCAGUCUUGAUCAGGAUAAUAUGGAAAUUGAUGAAAGCAUAUCUGGUGAGUCCUGGAUUCUAGGGCUUGCAGAAGGAGAAUAUUCUGAUCUCAGCGUAGAGGAGCGUCUAAAUGCUCUUGUUGCUUUGGUUGGUGUGGCAAAUGAAGGAAAUUCUAUCCGUGUUGUCCUUGAGGAUCGACUGGAAUCAGCAAAUGCUCUGAAGAAACAAAUGUGGGCAGACGCACAGAUAGACAAAGUUCGUCUGAAAGAUGAUAAUAUUAGUAAAUUAGAUUUUCCAUCUCUUACUGGGAAUAAAGUUGAAACACAGCAUACAUAUCCAGCUGUGGAGGGAAACCAAAGUCCAAUGCUUGACAUCAAUAUUAACAAUAAUGAAGUAUCACCCAGCACUGCAGAAAACCAAAAAGGAGCUCCUGUUGCACAGAGCAUACUUAUGGAGAAGUCCUCAUCAAUUCAAGAUUUUGGCACGAGUACUGGUGCAGACAUCCCUCAGACUCAGGUACCUGUGCAAUAUUCGAAAAGGUCACGUUCACAGUUGAAAUCUUAUUUUGCCCACCUAGCGGAGGAGAUGUAUGUCUACAGGUCUUUACCCCUUGGCCAAGAUCGCAGACGAAAUCGAUAUUGGCAGUUUGUUGCAUCUGCAUCUAGCAAUGAUCCUGGUUCUGGCAGGAUCUUUGUUGAAUGUCAUGAUGGCAAGUGGUGGCUUAUUGAUUCUGAGGAGGCCUUUGAUGCUCUUUUGACAUCAUUGGAUUCACGUGGGCUCAGGGAAUCUCAUUUGCGCUUAAUGAUGCAAAAGAUUGAGAAUUCCUUUAAAGAAAAUGUUCGAAAAAGGAACUCACAUUGUGCAAAAAUUGGAAGCAAAGGCGAAGUUUCUAUAAAAUUUGAAGCUAAUGAACCAUAUUCUAUCCCUGACCACAGUGCUGGAUCUGACAGUCCUAGCAGUACCCUCCAUGACUUGAACACUGAUAAUACAUUGGAAACUUCAUCAUCCUUCAAAAUCGAACUUGGGAAAACUGAGAGUGAGAAGAAAGCUGCCUUGAGAAGGUAUCAAGAUUUUCAGAAGUGGUUGUGGAAAGAAUGCUAUAAUUCGUCAGUGUUAUGUGCAAUGAAGUAUGGGAUAAAGAGAUGCAAACCUCAGAUGGACUUUUGUGAUAACUGUCUCAAUCUCUAUUUUGUUGAUGACUCCCAUUGCAGUUCCUGCCACCGGACUUUUCCUUCAAAUAAUGGAUUUAAUUUUUCUAAACAUGCAUUUCAAUGUCGAGAGAAGUUAUCCAAAGAUAAUUGUAUUCUGGAAUACUCUCUUCCCUUGCGAACAAGAUUGCUUAAGGUCCUGUUGGCUUGUAUGGAGGUAUCUGUUCUAUCUGAAGCAUUUAGAACAAAUUGGACUGAUGAUAUUAGGAAGCACUGGGGUGUAAAGUUGAGCAAAUCAUCUUCUGUUGAGGAACUUAUACAGAUAUUGACCUUAUUUGAGAAAGCACUACGGCGAGAUUUUCUGUCAUCAAACUUUUCUACAACAGAUGAAUUGUUGAGAUCAAGCAGUGUGUCAGAAUGUUCUGUGCAGGCUUCAACUGACCCUGAUUCUGUUGCUGUGCUUCCAUGGGUUCCGCUAACGACUGCAGCUUUGUCUCUCAGACUCUUCGAGAUUGAUUCAUCCCUCAGUUAUGUAAAGCCUGAAAGGCUUGAACCUUGUGAGGAGAAAGAAGCCAGAGAAUACAUAAAGCUUCCAUCAAGAUACAGUCAAUUGAAAUCUAAUAGGGAGGUUGAACAAGCAGAAUAUGACCAUGAUGAAUUCGCUAAAGAUAAAUCUGUUCCAAAGAAAAUUGUACGAAGUGGCAAUAAACGUAGUCGUGGGACUAAUGAACAAGGACGGGGCAAAAAGCUGGCUAAAAGAGUGUGCAAUUCCAAACGAGAUGGUGGUCGGAAGAAUGCUAAGGUCACUGUCAAUCUUAGUCACAAAUUAAAACAGCAGGCACGAGGAACACAAGGACAAGGUGCAGGGCGAGGUCGCCGAACAGCAAGAAAGCGGAGAGUGGGAAAACGAGCUGUUGAAGAUUUGUUGCUUGGCCAUUCGACUGCCAGUCAUAUCUCGAAGAUUAAUAGAGAACCAUUGAGAAAUGUGGAUGAGGAAUGGGAUGAAGGAAAGGAAAGUCCCAUGACUCCGGUACACAUUGGGGUUGCUGCUGACAAUAGUAAUAGUGCGGAAGAGGUAGAAUCUGACGAUGACCGUGCUCAAGCUGUUGAAUAUGAUCAAGGAAACUGGGAGGUAGGUUUUAACGGUGUUCCCCCCAACAGAUGGAGUAGGGAUUUGGUUGGAAUGAGUGACGAAGAUGUGGAUGUUUUUGAAGAUGACAACGACAACGGCAUUGAAGAAAAUGAAGAUGAGGAUUCAGAAGCAGAUGUUAUGAGUGAGGGUUCAGAUGGGAUGGAAAAUAGAGUAGUAAAUGUUGGAGGCUCAUACUCAGCUUUGUCUGAAGAUUCUUCUGAUUAG